GUCCAUCUCGACGCGCUGGAGGCCACGGUCGCCCGCUACAAGAAGGCCGGGAUCGAGGGGGCGUCGUUCACAGGCGCGGAGAAACACCCGGCCGCGUGGCGGGCGCAGCGGCUGGAGGCUGAAUCUCCGCAGACGCAGGUCAUCGCGCUAAACGGGCGCCUCAGCGGGCUCAAGGGCAAGCUGGCGAAGCUCGAGACGGGCAAGGAUGACAAGGCCAAGGCGGCGGAGGAGGCGAGGAAGGACCUGGGGCAGCGCAUCGCUGACCGGGAGGCCCACGCCACAGACCUCGACAACACCAAGCUUGCCAUCCUCGAAGUGGAGCGCGAGGUGCAGGCGGCGGCCCCGCGUCUGGCGCCGGCCGCUGCCCCGGGAGGCGGCGCGCAUCAGGCCCCUGCGCCGGCCCUCGACGCUGCCCAGCAAGAGGCGCUCAGCCAAGAGGUGCUCGCCGAGGGUGCAAGUGCCCCGCGGCUCGCGCCGGGCGCCGCAAAGGUCCUCGUGGGCCUCCUGGGCAAGGCGCGGGGCAGCGGGGGCAGCGGGGGCGUCGCCGACGCCGCCGACGACGAGCAGACACCCGACUCCUUCGACCAGGAGACAG